AGAGAGAGAGAGAGAGAGAGAGAGAGAGAGACAAAGAAGAAGACUUUCAAAGUAAAACAAACAAAGCAAAAAACCAAAUCAAAGCAGUUGCCUUUGCCAUUCAAUUCAUUCAUUCAUUCACUCUUGCGGUUCUUCAAUUGGGAGUAAAAUUAUUAAAUUUUAAUUCCCAAUUAAUCCCAACCUCCUCCUGCUCUUGCUCUCCCACCAGAAGCAGCGGAUGCAGCAGAUCACAAGGGCAUUUCUGUCAUUUACAACCCUACUCACAUGAUCCCCUCCGGUUCCGGGAACGCCUUCAUCUCCGGCGGAGGCGGGUUAUGGUCGGCGGCACCGUCGUACGUUGCCGUCGGCGUCACGGCCUUGGCUGGGCUCGCGGUGGUCGUGGCCGUGUUCAGCACUGCCACUAGGUAAACAAAGCUUUGAAAUUUAUCAGAAAAGCUCUGAAAUUUCUUGAAAAACGCAAACCCUUGAACAAAAAUUCACUGAUAAAUGAGAGCUCUACGACGAACUCAGACUUCCUCGUCGCCUUCGAGCUCGAAUUCAUCUCAUUCUUCGUCUUCGCUGUCGUCGUCGUCGUCGUCUUCGUGGAUUUAUUUGCGUUCGGUUCUGUUAAUCGUGUCCUCUUCCUCACCAGCUCAUUGUUCUUCCUCUGAUCGCGUUCGUCUUAAGUCACCUUGGUCCCGCAGGAAAAGAAAACAUGCCCUUUCAGCUCAGCAAUGGAGGCUUUUCUUUACACCAGAUGGAAAGCUUCGCGAUGGUGGAGUUAAGUUGGUGAAGAAAGUUCGCAGUGGAGGUGUUGAUCCAAGUAUUAGAGCAGAAGUUUGGCCAUUUCUCCUUGGAGUCUAUGAAUUAAACAGUUCAAAAGAAGAAAGGGAGAUAGUACGAUCUCAGAAAAGAAAGGAAUAUGAGAAACUCCGCAGACAGUGCCGCCGACUCAUAAAGCGCGAAAAUGAUAGCUCUAAGUUGAAUGGGGACGGUAGUAGAUUCACCCAUGAUACAGGUUCUCCCAGCUCUGAGGAUGUGGUUAGCGCCAGGGAAUCCCUUUCUAGUGAAGAUAAGAUACCAGAUGUUGAAUACUCAGAUGACCCUUCCAGUACAUUGUUGGAUGGAGAUGAUGAUGGUUCAAGAGAAAACACAAAUGCUGAUUCCAAAGCAGUAAACUCUGACUCGUCUGACUCGGAUUCCUCUGAAGAACCUGAGGUGAUUCAUGCUUUCCCCUCAUGUGAAGGGAGGGAAGAAAAUGAUCAUGACGUGACUUCCAAGGAUGAAUCUUCUCCCUUGAGGACAGAGGUCCAAUCAAAUCUAAACAUUGAGGAUUUUGCCACCUGGCAGCGGAUCAUACGCCUUGAUGCGGUACGGACUAAUUCAGAUUGGAUUCCGCACGCCCCAUCUCAAGCUGAAGUGUCACAGGAUAGGGCAUCACGUACUGCUGAGGCUGUUGGGUUGAAAGAUUACAGUCACUUGGAGCCUUGCAGAAUUUUCCAUGCUGCUAGACUAGUUGCUAUUCUUGAAGCAUAUGCACUCUAUGACCCCGAAAUUGGUUACUGCCAGGGCAUGAGUGACCUGCUUUCUCCUAUAGCUGCUGUAAUAACAGAGGAUCACGAGGCUUUCUGGUGUUUUGUCGGUUUCAUGAAGAAGGCUCGACAUAAUUUUAGGCUUGACGAGGUAGGGAUCCGAAGGCAGUUGAGUAUCGUUUCUAAAAUUAUCAAAUGCAAGGACUCCCAUCUAUACAGGCACUUGGAGAAGCUCCAGGCGGAGGAUUGCUUUUUCGUUUAUAGGAUGGUGGUUGUGCUAUUUAGGAGGGAGUUGACGUUCGAACAGACAGUAUGCCUAUGGGAGGUAAUGUGGGCCGAUCAAGCAGCCAUAAGGGCAGGUAUCGGAAAAUCUGCAUGGAGCAGGAUAAGGCAACGAGCCCCACCAACAGACGAUCUGUUACUCUUCGCCAUCGCAGCUUCUGUAUUGCAGAAGAGGAAGCUGAUAAUCGAGAAGUAUAGCAGCAUGGAUGAGAUUAUCCGGGAGUGCAAUAGCAUCUCGGGGCAACUCGAUAUAUGGAAGCUCCUGGACGAUGCACAUGACCUGGUAGUAAACCUCCAUGACAAGAUAGAGACAUCUUUCUCAUGACUGCAUAUUUCGGUAGCAUAGUUCGUUCUUAUGGUUCAUUCUCGGCAUCCUGUUAUUCGGAGCAUCCAAAUUCCUCGUUCCUUCUUUCCUCUUUCACAACAUAAGCACUUCGGGAGCUCACUCCGACCAGACUAUCUAUCUUCAAGCUUGCUUAAAAGUGGCGGUGUCAAAACUUUCGAACGAUUAACUAUUCAGAUUUACCUGCAUUGUAUUCUGCUCUGUUUUUACCGCGCGAUUCCACGAUUUGCAGGUAAAACUCCUGUAUUAGCAUUUACCAUUUAUCCGUUAAUGUAACCAUACUCCCAUACUGGAUGAGGAGCACAUUUUCAUGUGUUCCCAAAUUGUCCAAUUAGAAAUAAUACCAUUCUCCUAUAUAGGCCCUUGCAGUUCAGUGUUCCUUUGGUGGUUGGAUAUGUAAAUUAUUAUCUAGUUGGGGCUA